AUGUCUCAUGAAGAUGCCAUUCCAAUCGGCGAAGGUUGGACACGGCACAGUGCAGACAUGUUGCUGCACCCUCCAUCACAGGUGUACUUUGCCCAGCGUGGAGAACAGCGGGGAAAAUACUUGCUGAAGUCGGAGGAUGCCUGGACUGUGUGCCCAGCUCCACAUGUUGGAACCGACUGCCCAAUGGAGGUUCGAGCAGCUGCUGCAUCAGUGCUUCGAGCCAAUCCUGAAGGUUCGGCAUCCGACAGGAAACUUGACCGAUCGGUGGUCCUGGCGGACAUGCCGAAGACGGCCCGCCUUGCACUGAAGUUCCCGCUCGGCUUUUUGGACACACCAGCUUGCUGCUACGCUCUCUUCACGGGCCUUCGUGGAAGUGCGGCUGCAGCGCAGUGGUGUGCAACGCAGUUUCAUCAGCGGCUGCUCAGGGAGGUUGCGAAGAAGAUCCACGGCUGGUGGGACUCUGAGGCAGAGAUGCCGGAGGAGCUCCUGUACCGUGGUUCGCAUGUGGGCUCUUUGGCCAAGUGUCUCCGACACGUCCUGGAGGCUUUGGAUCACGACUUGCUUCAUGGUCCUCUUGGCUUUGCGGGCUGCGACGGCGUCGUUGCAGUCCUGAUCGGAGAAAAUCUCGUCACAGCCGCAGUGGGUGAGGCAUCUACCACUCUCCUUUUCGAUGAUGCAGAUGCCGUGCCCCUGAUUCCUGUACUAGGCGAUUCGAUGCAUUCGCAUUUCGACCUGAGCCUGGGAGCAUAUGUUGGCCAAGUUGAUAGUGCAGGUCAAGAUGACGAGGAGGGUCUGUGA